AUGGCGUUGGCUUUCGACGAGUUCGGAAGGCCGUUCAUAAUCCUGAAAGAGCAGGAGCAGAAGAGCAGACUCCGAGGUUUGGACGCUCAGAAAUCGAACAUCUCCGCCGGUAAAGCCGUCGCGCGCAUCCUCCGCACCUCCCUCGGUCCCAAAGGCAUGGACAAGAUGCUCCAGAGCCCCGACGGCGACGUCACCAUUACCAACGAUGGCGCCACCAUCCUCGAGCAGAUGGACGUGGAUAACCAAAUCGCGAAGCUCAUGGUGGAGCUUUCGAGGAGCCAGGACUACGAAAUUGGCGACGGUACCACUGGGGUCGUCGUUAUGGCCGGCGCACUUCUCGAGAAAGCGGAGCGCCUUCUGGAGAGGGGAAUUCACCCCAUCAGGAUCGCCGAGGGUUACGAAAUGGCGUCUAGAAUCUCGGUUGAUCAUCUCGAGCGCGUGGCCAACAAGUUCGAGUUCGACGAGUCAAAUUUAGAGCCUCUCAUUCAAACGUGCAUGACCACACUCUCCUCCAAGAUAGUGAAUCGGUGUAAGCGUAGCUUGGCUGAGAUCGCAGUUAAGGCUGUUCUUGCAGUUGCUGAUCUGGAGAGGAAAGAUGUUAAUUUGGAUCUGAUUAAGGUCGAGGGGAAAGUUGGGGGUAAAUUGGAGGACACUGAGUUGAUCUAUGGGAUAGUUGUUGAUAAGGACAUGAGCCAUCCUCAAAUGCCUAAGCAAAUCGAGGAUGCUAAAAUUGCUAUCCUGACUUGCCCCUUUGAGCCUCCCAAGCCAAAGACUAAGCAUAAGGUUGAUAUUGAUACAGUAGAAAAGUUCCAGACGUUGAGGUUGCAGGAACAGAAGUAUUUUGAUGACAUGGUUCAAAAAUGCAAGGAUGUGGGUGCAACCCUUGUCAUUUGCCAAUGGGGUUUUGACGAUGAAGCAAAUCAUCUUUUAAUGCACAGGAACUUGCCAGCUGUCAGAUGGGUUGGUGGUGUAGAGUUGGAAUUGAUAGCUAUAGCAACUGGUGGAAGAAUUGUUCCCAGGUUCCAGGAGUUAUCUCCAGAAAAAUUGGGAAAGGCUGGAAUGGUUCGUGAAAAGUCUUUUGGCACAACAAAAGACCGAAUGCUGUACAUUGAACAUUGUGCAAACUCAAGAGCUGUAACAAUAUUUAUCCGUGGAGGUAACAAAAUGAUCAUAGAGGAGACAAAGCGCAGCCUUCAUGAUGCCUUGUGUGUGGCUAGGAAUCUUAUCCGUAAUAAUUCUAUUGUAUAUGGUGGUGGUUCAGCUGAGAUUUCCUGCUCAAUAGCUGUUGAGGCUGCUGCUGAUAGAUACCCUGGUGUAGAACAGUAUGCUAUUAGAGCAUUUGGGGAUGCUUUGGAGUCCAUCCCAAUGGCCCUCGCUGAAAAUAGUGGCCUCCAACCAAUUGAAACUUUAUCCGCUGUCAAGUCUCAGCAAAUAAAGGAUAAUAACCCUCACUUUGGCAUUGAUUGUAAUGAUGUUGGCACUAAUGACAUGCGUGAGCAAAAUGUCUUCGAAACUUUGAUCGGAAAGCAGCAACAGAUCUUGCUCGCUACUCAAGUUGUCAAGAUGAUAUUGAAAAUUGAUGAUGUCAUUUCCCCAUCUGAUUACUGA